GCGACGCAGCAGCCAGACAUCGUCGCGCUCAAAGCUCCGCAGUCCUCGAAGCUCGCGCUGUGGGAUUGGACCGCCUGCCGGCGCAUAGGGAGCACUUCUGGGACGUCUCCCUGCGGAGCGUGGACGGCCAGGUCUUCAAGGCGCACCGGCUGGUCCUCUCCAUGGCGUCGGACCCGCUCUUCGCCAUGCUGAGCGGCAGCUUCGCCGAGGGGCAUGCACAGGAGAUCCCGUUCGAGUCCUCGUCGGAGGCCCUCAGCGCCUUCCUUGAUUUCAUGUACAGCGGCGAGGCCAGGAUGAAGAAAACCGUGCUGCCGGACACCGAGCUCCUCAGACUGGUGCACCAGUGGGAGGUGCAGUCCCUCCAGACGUCGCUGACGGAGCUGCUCGUGGAGCACAUGACGCCCGAGCUGUGCUCGCAGCUGAUCGUGGACUGCGAGGCUCUGCUUGUGGACAACCUGAACGAGGUGCUGGAGAGAUAUGUGCUGGAGACAACUUCACGGCGUGCGUGCGGACGGAGCAAUACGGCACAUGGCCGCUGCACCGCAUGA